CCCACCAAAACCGGCAACGAGCUGAUGGAGAUUUUAGAUGAAAUGGACCAAACGAGGAAAAAAGAAAUGCAGCUUUAUAACAGCAUCUUCAGCCUGCUCAGCUUCGAGAAGAUCGGCUACACAGAGGUGCAAUUCCGCCCGUACCGCACCGACGACUUCAUCACCCGCCUCUACUACGAAACGCCGCGCCUCACCGUCCUUAACCAAACGUGGGUGCUGAAGGCGCGGGUGAACGAUUCGGAACGGAACCCCAACCUUUCCUGCAAGCGCACCCUCUCCUUCCAGCUCAUCCUCAAAAGUAAAAUCAACUCCCCGAUGGAAUGCUCCUUCCUCCUCCUCGAGGGCCCCUACGACGACGUCAAGAUCCGCCCCGUCAUCUACCAUUUCGUCUUCAGCAACGAAAGCGCCGAAACGGAUUAUAUGGCGCUGCCCAUCGUCGAUUCGGUGGAGUGUAACAAACUGCUGGCGGCCAAAAACAUCAACCUGCGGCUUUUUAUAUUUCAAAUCCAAAAAUAA